UCUACCAGGUAGCGGUCUUUGGCUGUGUAAGAGAGAAUGUCUGAUCGAAUCUUCUAUAUUCACUCUAACUUGUCCUCUCUCCCCUGGGAGGGCAACACAGCAGCAGCUCUGGCUCCCAUUUUCCCUCCUACACCUGGUCACUGCCAUGUCCUCUACCGAGGGCAUGGAGAAACACAGGCAGGCUGGCAUGGGGACACAUACUGCCUGGUCGGUGGCUACCAGGCCUAUGGGGAUGCUCCUGUGGCCACCCCAGCCAAGGUGGAAGCAGAGAAGCCAGUCCUCAGCCGCACUCCCAAGAGACAGCGAGCUCUGGCGGAGUCGGAUAAAGACCUCAGUUGCUCCAGCCCCAGAAUUCAGCGACUGCAGCAUGGUGGCAGGAGGCUGACCCCGCAGAAGCUUGCCAGCUGAGCCACACUCUGAAAAGAGGGCGAUGGUUUAACUGCCUAAGGGCAGCAAAUGCUGCUUCCUGCAGUGACCCCCACUGCCACAGAUUAGAACGUGCGCCAUUCUGUCUGAGCCUUCCUUCCUCAACCAGGAGCCUCCUUCCACACUAAAUGGCCAUGAGCAAG